UCCGUUUUCUUUCCUUACAAAACUCGCUUAAAUUCAGGGUUGAUUGUUCAUGUUUUGCUACGUUAGAUUUUGAUUUUGACUCGGAGAAUUAAUGUUGAAUAACAAUCUUUCGUUACUCUUUUUGCAAAGUGAAGUAGUCUUUGUUUGUUUCUUGAAUAUUGAUCAAAGCAGAGUAGGCUUGAGUUUUCUUCAAGUUUAGAGAAAAUAAAAAUUUAAAGAACGGCCACUUGUUGCUUCCCUUUUCUUCUUUUCACUGUGAAUUUGAUUCUCCGGUGGCCGAACAAGUGUUGAAUUAGCCAACAUUCACCAGCAAAACACUAAACAGAAAUUCGUAGAGAAAACAGAGUUUUAUUUUUUGUUAAUCUUCAAUUUUCUUUUUUAGUAUAAAGCGUCCGUGAAUUUAGCUGUCUAAACGUCAAAAAAUAGAAUUUUGUCGGAGACAAAAUCUGUUUUUCUCUUUCAUAGAAAUCAAAAUCCCGAUAAUCUCUCUCUCCCUCUCACUCCGUUCUCAUUGUUCUCUGUUUUUCGCUUUCAUUUCUUUUCAAAGUUGGUGCUGGGAGCCCUUUGAAUCUCUCCCUCCCUCUCUCAUUCCGUUGUAACCAUGUUUCUUGACAAAGGGUCAACGCAAUCUAAUCUGGACUGCUUCCUCCAUUGCACCACACCCGUAGUCUCAUCUCAAUUUCUCCCCAAGACUGAGAUUAGGAACCUUAACACGUUAUGGCAUCCAUGGGAGAGGGAAAAGAUUGAGUACUUCACAUUAGGUGAUCUGUGGAAUUGUUAUGAUGAAUGGAGUGCUUAUGGGGCUGGGGUUCCUAUUUCUUUGAACAACGGUGACACCUUGGUUCAGUACUAUGUGCCUUAUCUAUCUGCAAUUCAAAUCUUCACCAGCAAUUCAUCUGUAAAUGGGUUAAGGGAUGAGACGGACGAUGGUGAGACAAGGGAUUCGUUUAGUGAUUCUUGUAGCGAUGAGAGUGAGAGUGAUAAGUUAUGGAGAUGGGACGGAUGCUCUUCUGAGGAAGGAGGAUUUGAGCAAGACAAUCUUUUGCAUGUGAAUGAUAGAUUGGGUUACCUUUAUUUCCAGUACUUCGAGAGAUCAACUCCUUAUGGAAGAGUUCCUCUCAUGGAUAAGAUUAACGGGUUAGCUCGCAGAUACCCGGGUUUGAUGUCAUUGCGGAGUGUGGAUCUUUCACCAGCUAGUUGGAUGGCAGUAGCUUGGUACCCAAUUUAUCAUAUUCCCAUGGGAAGGACCAUAAAGGACUUGUCCACAUGCUUCCUCACAUAUCACACUCUUUCAUCUUCUUUCCAAGAUAUGGACCCUGAUGAUGACAUUGAGGGUGCCGAAAGGAAGCGUAAGGAAGGAGAAGGGAUCUCUCUUCCUCCAUUUGGUUUGGCCACUUACAAGAUGCAAGGGAAUGUGUGGGUCUCUGGCAAUUGCGGUCGGGACCAUGAAAGACUAAUUUCACUUUUCAGUGUGGCAGAUUCGUGGCUAAAGCAGCUGAGGGUCCAGCACCACGACUUCAAUUACUUCAUGGGGAUUAGGCGUGGCUAAGAACCACUAUUUCAAGAAUUUCCAUGAAAGUGACUCUCAGUAAAAUCCUCUUUUUGGGACUAGGCUUUGUGCUUUGAGUGUGAGGAUUGUAGUUGAUUCUUCUCAUUGCCAUGCUUCAUUUUGAUGGGCAUGGCUUCUUUUGAGGCUUAUGCUUGUACGAGAACUCAUUAGAUGGGGUGUGUACAUGAGCUAACCCAUCUGUUUUUGCUGCUUUUUAACGCGGUUAUUGGGGCUUUUAUGUGAAUAGAUUGCUAGGUCUGAGAGACAUAGGAGAAGUUCUUGAACUAUAAACUUUUGUGGAUUGUGUAAUACAUUCUCUUGAUCUUUAAUGAAAAUCCACCGGAGACAGCAAAUGCCUGCAGGUUUUGCUAAAUUCAUCAAG